CGGUGACGGAUCGCGGCGAGUCGAACGCGCCCGCCGCACAGCUAACGCAGCCGCCGAUAUCGCACCGCCACCAGUCACCGCCACCGCCUCUACUGCUGCUGCCGGUGCCGCCGCCGCCGCUGCUGAAACUACGCUGCACACACGCGAAUAAUACGUUAUUAUAAAUUGUAUUAUAGUAAAAAUAAUAAUAAUCAUCGCGGUGUGCGCAUCACGACGCAUGCUCGCGAGUCGCGUGGCCCAAGUCCAAAGCAGUGUAGCGGCGGUCUAAACGAAACAAUUACAACCGAAAACUCGAUUGCAAUAUAAUUAAACAGAAUAUUAUAAUAUACUGCACUUCGGUCGGGUUUCCGUCGCGGCGUCGACGCGUUCCUUAAUAACAAUAUUGCAUUAUACGCGGGCUGCGCGCCAAAGUGCAUACGGGCGACAUUUGGCGCAAAGUUCGUUCGGUCGACUCGGUUUCGCGAAAAAAUUAAUUUGAAACCCGACCGGGAAAACCGGCCGCCCGCCCGAAAGAGUCCGUCUCGCGCGCGCGUGACGCUAUAGUCGCGGACGCUAUGACGACCGGCGCCGCCGCCGCCACCGCCGCCGCCGCAGCUACCACCUGAUCGCCGCAGACGACGUGGGCCCGCAGCACUAUGACGACGACGAUUCGCCGCGGUUGAAGUGGUCGACCGUCCCGACCUUCCGCUAUUCCCGGAUCCCGUGACGCACACACGACGUCCAAGAUGGCACAUUACAAGCACAAAGUGUUCGAAGAGGAGACGUCAAGCAUGGGCUCGGUUCAUUUGACAGAAGGAGUUACGGCGUCCUCCACACACAUCCGUUUUUAUACAGGCAAACCUAAAAAUAUUUGGUCUCGGUUGAAAAACAGAACGUCGUUGGAAAAAGUUCUCCUAGCCUUAACCCUGAUUAAUGGUGUGAUAUUGCUAUUUAUCAUUAAUCUACCAGUGCAUCAGGAAAAGUGUAGUCCUCACCAAAUUCCAGACAUAUACGAGGAAUCUGAUUCUUUUGUUAGUACCGGACAAGAUUAUUGUAUGAAGGAGACGUGCGUAACGACGGCAGCGUCCAUAAUCAAAAGUAUGGACACAAAAUCUGAUCCUUGUCAGGACUUCUACAAAUACGCUUGUGGUCAGUGGAUAAAAGCGAAUCCGGUGCCGGACGGCAGAUCUAUGUGGGGCAUGUUUAAUGAGUUGGAAAUGAACAAUCAACUUAUAGUCAAAAACGCACUAGAAGCAAUUCCUAUGAACACUAGUAGCAAAGCUGAACUCAAAGCGAAAAUGUAUUUUACGGCCUGCAUGGAUCCAAAUAACACUAUCGAAACGUUAGGUGCCAAACCAUUGCUGGACCUUAUUAAAGACAUCGGGGGAUGGAACAUAUCAGGAACAUGGAAUGUAUCUUCGUGGAAGUUACAAAGGACUUUAGAAACGGUUCACAAUCGGUACAAUAUGGCCGGACUGUUCUAUUGGAUGGUUGGCGAAGAUGACAGAAAUUCAAGCAGGCACGUAAUUCAAGUCGAUGAAGGUGGAUUGACUUUACCAACUAGAGAUUUCUAUUUGAACGUUACAGCAAACCAAAAAUUGUUAGAUACGUAUUUAGAUUACAUGACAACGAUUGGAACUUUAUUAGGCGGUGAACCAAAUUCUACAAGACUUCAAAUGAAAGAAGUUAUUGAAUUUGAAACACGUUUAGCUAAGUUUACAGAACCCGAUGAAGAUAAACGUGAUGAAGAAAAGGCCUAUCAUAUUAUGUCUAUUAGUGAAUUACAGAAUUUAGCCCCAUUCCUUCAAUGGAGUCGCUACUUCAAUGCAGCUUUUCGAUUAGUCGAUAGAAAGAUUACAAUUAAGGAAAAUGUCGUUGUAUACUCUCCGUCAUUCAUGGGAAACCUUUCUAAUCUAAUUACCGAGUACAGUAAAACUCCGGAAAAUAAGACGGUAAUUAACAAUUAUCUGGUGUGGCAAACUGUCAGGACAGUUACUCCUUAUUUAUCGAAAGUUUUUCGAGACGCAUAUAAAGGACUACGAAAAGCAUUGUUAGGAUCGGAAGGCGGUGAAGAACCCUGGCGGUACUGUAUUAGCGAUACAAACAACGUAUUGGGAUUUGCUUUGGGAGCAUUAUAUGUCCGUGAAGUUUUCCACGGACAGUCAAAAAAACUAGCUGAAGAUAUGAUAAAUGAAAUAAGAACAGCAUUUAAGGAUAAUUUUAAAAACUUGAAAUGGAUGGAUAAAGAAACACUCAUUGAAGCCGAGAAAAAAGCAGAUGCUAUAACAGAUAUGAUUGGUUUUCCGGAUUAUAUAAUGGACUCAAAUCAGUUGGAUGAUAAAUACCAAAAUUUGACUGUACGUUCCGACGAAUACUUCAAUAACAACUUACGUGCUAUUCAAUAUAACUUGAUGCAGUAUUUAUUUAAGCUCGAUCAGCCUGUCAAUCGUUCAAAGUGGAGCAUGACCCCUCCAACAGUAAACGCAUAUUACACGCCAACCAAAAAUCAAAUAGUCUUCCCAGCGGGUAUCUUACAGGCACCAUUUUUCGAUCAAAUGCAACAAUCUUCCAUAAACUAUGGCGCCAUGGGAGUAGUCAUGGGACAUGAACUCACCCAUGCAUUUGACGAUGAAGGUCGAGAAUUUGAUCGCUUUGGAAAUUUACACCAGUGGUGGAAUAACAAAACAGUAAGCAAAUUUAAAGAAGCGACGGACUGUAUGAUCAAACAGUAUUCCAACUAUAAAGUUAACGGCUAUAAUAUUAAUGGAAAACGCACAUUAGGAGAAAAUAUUGCCGACAACGGUGGACUUAAAGCUGCAUAUCGUGCCUAUGUAAAGUUACUUGAAGAAAAGAGAGCUCAACCAAACCGUUUGCCUGCUGUCCAUCUUACUACGCAACAAUUGUUUUUCGUCAGUUUUGCACAAGUAUGGUGUUCAUCGAGUACAGAAGAAUCCCUCAAAUUACAAAUGGAAAAAGACUUGCAUUCACCAUCACAGUAUAGAGUAAAUGGUCCAUUAAGUAAUUUCGAAGAAUUUUCAAAAGUAUUUAACUGUCAAAUAGGAACGCCUAUGAAUCCCGAAGAAAAAUGUAUUAUAUGGUAAAAUAUUCAAAUGUUGGAAUAUUUGAUUUGGCCUAUAUAACUAAAAAAAAAA